UUAUUUGAAAAUCCCAUUUCUAUCUCCACAGCUGAAAGGAUGUCUUCCCCUGUGAUUUAGCACUCAAAAGUUAAAAUUUAGUGUUGCAAGCUUAGACCCAGACUGACACUCCCAGGGAGUUUCAAUUUGCCCUUGGGCUUUUCCUCUCUAAAUUUUUCUCCUUUGUUCUUUUCUACCAGAGAUGAGUGAGUGCUUCAGAAUCAACUAGGCCCCCUUUGUUAAUUUUUUUUUAAAUUAUUUUAGCUGGUAUUAUUGCUUUCAACUUGGUGAUUCUUUUGAAUAUCGCUUCAUGGGCUCUAAUGGCUGCUACUCUUUCUAAAUUUAUAAGCCUUUAAAGCAGCAGCAUCAUUCCAAGAGGUGGAAAUUACUUUGGCACAAUCAUUUGAGGAGAAAUUUGUAGAUUGAUUGCUAGUUGAUAAGAGAGCACAAUUUUACACUUAUCAAAGUUGGUGACAGCAAUUAAUUGAAUUCUGGCCUUCCCCUUAAGGAAAUAUGAAAUUUGGUUCAAAGAAAGGAUGGAAAUCCAUUGUGCCCCUUCGUUUGAAAGGCAAAUCAGCCACCCGCUUCUUUUUGUUUCGCAAGCCACGGUCAACUAACUGUGGUCCAGGACAUGCGCCAGUUUAUCUCAAUGUGUAUGACUUGACACCCAUGAAUGGCUAUGUCUAUUGGGCGGGCCUUGGUAUCUUUCACUCUGGUGUUGAAGUACAUGGUGUAGAAUAUGCAUUUGGAGCUCAUGACUAUCCUACGAGUGGUGUUUUUGAGGUGGAACCUCGGCAAUGUCCGGGCUUCAAGUUCAGGAAAUCAAUAUUCAUUGGGACCACGUGCUUAGAUCCCAUUCAGGUCAGAAAUUUCAUGGAGCAGCAUGCUGCAAGCUACCAUGGUGAUACAUAUCACUUGAUAGUUAAAAAUUGCAACCAUUUCUGCAAAGACAUUUGUUACAUGUUAACGGGGAAACCAAUUCCAAAAUGGGUAAAUCGACUAGCAAAAAUAGGUUCAAUCUGCAACUGUAUACUUCCCGAAUCUCUCAAGAUAUCUGCUGUGCGGCAUGAUCCUGAUGACCAAUCUUAUGAUAGUGAUAGGAGAAGGUUGAGAAGUGCUUUCAGCUGCUUGUCUUCAAUCUCAAUGCGACAAAAGCAGCUAUCAACUUCUUCAAUGUUUCUACAAUCACCCUUGAAAGGCUGCCUUCCAUGGGAGCUGAGAAGGUCUGUAAAUGGAUCCUUGAAGGAAAGAUAAAAUGCAUGGAGAGUUUCUUUAGCAUCUGUGGAUACUUUGUCCAUGAGCUAAUGGGGGCAAAGGCUGAAAUGAAUGGUUCUGUGUCAUGAUUGUGUUGCUAGUCUGGUGUGAAAAAAGAUUAAGAUGCUAAUCCAAUUCUUCUUAGCCUGAGAAGAAGCUUGCCUGAUCAACCCAGACGCCCUCAUUUGAGUGUUCUAAGUUGUGCUUCAUCUUUUAUUAUUAUUAAUGGCUGGCAAUUACCACUUGUCUUUA